UCCUAUGUGCAAGACAAAACACUAUACUAAGCCAUACUAUCUAACCCACUCCACCGGCCUAUAAUGGAAGUUGUUUAUAUUGGUGAACAGUAGUAGCCCAUGGGAUGGAACUCCUGAAGCACGCCAUUCGACUAUCCUCCGACCUUAGGGAAGAAACAGUGGGUAAAGUGCUGGGCGUUGUACCGGAUCGCACGUUCCAGCUGGGAAAGAUUUAGAAAUCGCCACUCUUGCAUGGUGACCGAACUGGAAUUCAGAACAAGUUUUUCACCGUUUUCCGGAGUUCCCAGUAGUCAUUAGGGCACCAGUCGUAGUCGGAAUUAUCCUUGUUAAAAAUUCCGAUUUUGUUUAAACACCGCAUUAGUGCGUCUGUCGGUGGCGUCUUUAUGAGUACCUUCGAAGAUUGAAGUACCUUAAUUGCUAACAUCGUUUGGAAACACUAGCCAUCAGAAUAAAACAAUUCAUGAUCAUAUAUGUUCCGAUUUUACUGCGCUCAGCCAACCCAAUAUAAAUCAUGGACAAGCUUAAGUCGGUUUUGAACGGCACGGAUGGACCCAAAGAACCACCAAACAUUCUUCAGGCUGCAAAUGAAGCGUCUACUCUUAGUUGGGGUACCCGAGUAAAGGGUUUUAUCGGCUGCUUCGUGAUUGGCGUUAUAUGCACAGUUUUGGGGCCAUGUUUGCUCUUCAUUCCCAAAAUAGGUAUCCUCCUCUUCAUCAUCUUUUAUACAUUUGGAAACAUCUUCUCACUGUGCAGCACUAUGUUCCUGAUGGGGCCAAUCAAACAGCUGAAGAGAAUGUGUGACAAGACCAGAGCUCUGGCUACCACCAUCAUGUUGACAUGUCUCGUGUUAACUCUCUGUGCAGCCUUCUGGUGGAAGAACUUUGGCCUGGCUUUGUUGUUUUGCAUUCUGCAAUGCAUAGCAUUAGCCUGGUACGGCUUAUCGUAUAUCCCUUUUAUCAGAGAUGCAGUCCUGAAGGUAAUCAUGAUGUGUGUGAAGUGAAGCAUCCCCACUUGACAGAAGGAAAAAUACUGCAACUUCCUGGAAGGUGUUUUAGACCUUUCACCCCCUGUCAAAAACUGUGCAGCUUCAGAAAUGACAAAUCUUACAGCAAGAUUGCACUGUCUCCUCUUGGGCCUAUGACCUUGCAAAAUGUGAGGGAGGUUUUAUUGUAUGAGGUUUUAUUUGCUCUGCUUUUGGUUUGUUUUUAGAUGCCCUGCUCUAUACACAUACAUACAUACAUACAUACAUACAUACAUAAUUAAUGUUAAUGUUUUUAAUAUAUUCCUGUAUUUGUCUAACAUGCUGGGAAAUCCUGGGAAUGCUAAUUGAAGAAAUGGAACAACUAAGUUGGCCCAUUGUAUGCAAUUGUUAAACGGUUCAAUAACAUCCUGUAAAUUGUUUAAUUUAUUAUAAAUAAAGGAUUUCACAGUCA